AUGAUCUUCGGAACCCUCUCAGUAUUAGGUUAAUUGAGUUCCUCGGUUGUCUCAAGAUUAACUGCGAAAGGAACGCCAAAGGACAAGGAAGCUUGAAAAAGAACGUGAAACAGACGGAAUCGUUGCGGAAAAGCGUGUGGGCGGGAGGAGAACGGAAGGCCGUGAGGAGAGUCCCAAAUUGGCGGCUCCUGGCGCCUCCGACACCCGGCUGGUCUUUCCCGAUGGUGGUCAGUGACGCAGCGUCUCUGGAACCCCCUUCUUCAUUCAUAACACAUCCACUGUCCAUUUUUGGUCAGUUCAGGCCAUUUUGGAACAUUUCCCAUGACCGCAGAAGAAGCUUCCAAGCUGACUCAGGCCUUGACGGUUUGCCGGACGGAAAUGGAGGGAAACUUAAGCAACCUGCUCUUUGGGACUGGAGGUAGCAUCAUACAUUGAAGGCUCAGGAAGGCUCUGAUUGAGCUGACACUUUCUUAAGAAAGAAAGAUACUCGAUACUUGUCUAGAACCAGAAAAACCUCCUUCUCGUUCACAAAACCUCAUGUUUCCAUUUUUGGUCAUUUUAGGCCAUUUCAGAGCAUUUUCCAUGACCGCAGAAGAAGCUUCUGGCCUGAAUCAAACCUUGAAGACUCAGUGAGCGAAAAAUGGAGUGGCCACUUAAUUGACCUGCUUCUUGGCACACCUGAAGCCGGCAUCACACACUAUUAGUUGAAAGAAUGGCUACUUAAGUGGCCAGUUUUGAACUGACUCUUUUUAAGAGAAAAGUUGGAUCCACGAUUCUUGCCUUGGCCGAGAAUACCUCUUUUUCAUUAAUAAUAUGCCCAUUUUUGGGCAAGAGAACUUUUUGGGACAAUUUGGCACUCUGAGCUUUACUCAGUUUUAAAAGACUGUAAAGGUGUUUUUGAAACUAAUGGAAGAUUAGAUAAGUAGGAGGAAGUGACCACUUAAGCUUUCUGCUCCUUUCACCCGCCUGGAGCCAGCAAAACGCACUGAAAGUUGAGACAACGAACACUUAAGGGACCAGUUUUUGAGCUGACUCCCUGCUUCAUUCAUAACUCAUCCACUGUCCAUUUUUGGUCAUUUCAGUUCAUUUCGGAGCAUUUUCCAAAGCCGAAGAACAAGCUUCUGAGCUGACUCAGGUCUCGAAGAUUCCCUGAACAUAAAUGGAGUGACCACUCAAGAAACCAGCUCCUUGGCAAUCGCCUGGAGCCAGCAACAUGCACUGAAAGUUGAGGAAACGGACACUUAA